GGCUUUUAGUCGCACAUACGUCAUCAAAAAGCGACAUUGUGGCUUGACAACAAACGUGAAACGUUGGUGUUAGUGCACUUGCGGGGAAAUUUCGUCUCUUGGACUUCAGACAGUUGUCCCCUCCUUACCUUCAUCUGCUAAUGAACCCACUAAUUAGACGGAGGCUUCCUCCCUCUGUGAGGAGUCUUCUGACGGACAUCGGUCCAAAGGCGGAGUGGACUGACGCGGAGCCCGACACGGUGACCAGAGAUGGGAUCAUGCUCCCGUCCAGAGCAGCUGGUUCUGGAUCAGUGGAGUUUCUCACGCCGGCCAGGACACAAGAGGAAGUGGCUUCAGAGGAUCAGAGAAGCGCCAGACCGAGCGCAGUCUGCAUGAUGUGUAAAUGUAAGCCCUCUUGUUACACCUGCCCGCGGUGUAACCUGCAUUACUGUGGCUUGGCUUGCUACCAGAGCCCAGAUCACUCCGUGUGCUCUGAGGAGUUUUACAAGGAGUCUGUUCUGACGGAGCUGAAGGACAUGGGGAAAACUGAAAGUGAGGGGAGGCAGAAAAUGCAAAAGAUUCUUGUUGGACUCAGGCAAAAGGCAGAAAGGACCGAUGGAGGGAUGGAGAGUUUGUUAAAAGAAGCUGGUAUCGUUUCAGAUGACGAAGGGGAGGGAGAGGCAACAGAGAAAGCGCAGGUUGUGGAGCUCCUGUCCAGGUUAGCAGAACUUCAGCAGUCUGGAGAAGGGAGUGAACCAGAGAUCGAGGCUAUUUUGGGUAAACUGGAAGAACUUGGAGGAGGGGAGACACUGCCUGGAGAAAUGGAUGAGGAUGCUGAAAGUGAAGAAGGGCAGCUGGACUUGGCUGAUCGGCUCUCAGGGCUGGAUAUUGACAAACUUUCAGAAGAGGAGCUGUGGGAACUUCUCAGCAGUAAAGAGAAAGAUGUGUUUAUGGGUAUGAUGAAGGGUGGCGCUCUUGGCAGGUUGGUUCCCCUGUGGAAGCCGUGGUGGGAGGAACAUGAGGAGGAAGGGAGAGGACUGGUGGAGGUUCUUGAGGAGGACGUCAGCAAACGAGAAAGAGAAAAUUCAACGACUACAGAUGAACUGGAUAUUGAUAAUAAAAACAAGAUGUCACGAGAAGCGGGUAAAUCAGCGAAAAAGCUGAAAAAGAUUAAAGGAGGAAACAGAAGGGAAACAAGCAAGGGCAAGGAAAGUUCAACAGUUCAUGGAGUCCCUCCAGUUUCAGCAAAAAUUCCAAAGUUGAGUUCCUUGUGUGCAAAUCCGUCCCCCCUUGUAUGCUAUGGUUUGGUCAAUGCACUUUAUGGCUACACCUUCACCCUGUGCCUGUUAAACAACGACACUGAUUCACUGAUGUUUGAGUUCUGUGACAUGAUUCUUGCUCUAUCUGAGGCACUGAACUCAAACAGGGUCUUCAACUCUGUCCAAGAGGCCUUAGACUGCGGAGAAGCUCUUAUUUUGGAUCAAGGUUACCUCGACAAGGAGGAUCCCCUCGCUCCAGCCAGGGCACUGGAAGCUGUGGCUCACAUCUUGACAGGCAGAGACAGAAAGGAUGCCACAGGAUACUGCCUGGCAGCCUUGAGCCAGCUUCGCUCAGUGCUCUCCAAGGCCAGAACAGCCCUUUCUAAGGAAGGAGAGGAAGGGGCAAGGAGACAGAGGUACUUCCAGGCAGGCAAGAAGUGUGAAUUCUUUCAAGCCUGGGUAUUGGACAACACACACCAGAUUCGUACGCUAGCUAUUGAGUUGUGGAGCGAAUAUAGUAAAAGAGAGAGUGUAAGGAGUGGCAUGGAGAAAGCAAAGACUGCUGUGGAGGAGAACUUGAAAAAAGAGAAGAGCAAAGGGAAGAGCAAGUUAAUUGAAGAGCUGCACUAAUGUUUUCUUUCUUGGGAAUAUUGAUGUUUGUACAAGUUCAUGAUGUAAUAAAAAUAUAAUUGAACAUAAGUGAUCUUCCUUUUCUGUGAAAUUCAACCGCUUAAAGGUCAGACUUUGUUCAGAAUGCUUAUUGAUGUAAUUGAAGUUUCAUAUUAUUGCUCUUGUCAUGAAAACAGUUGCCACCAUAAAAUAAAAGCACACAUACCUUUUGUUCAAGUUUCUUGCAUUA